CCUAGUUUGGAAUGGAGAAACACCAAGUUAUGCUCCCUACCGCAUCUACCUCAUCAACAGCUUUAUCCUCUCGUUUUAAACAUGUUGAGAAACAGGUUUCAGAGAUCUCAUCUCAGAACCAAAGUGACAAGGAAGCUAAGCACCACCGAUAUGCAUUUCAAACGAGAAGCGCUGUUGAUGUUCUGGAUGAUGGGUACCAGUGGAGAAAAUAUGGGAAAAAGAUAGUCAAAAACAAUAGUUUUCCAAGAAGUUACUACAGGUGUGCUCAUCGAGAGUGCAAUGUUAAGAAACAAAUCCAGCGUCAUUCCAACGAUGAAGAGAUUGUGGUCACAACCUACGAAGGAACACAUACACACCCUGUGGAUAAAUCAGUGGAAACCUUCGACCAGAUCUUGGGCAACCUACUCAAUAAUGCACCUCCCACAUUGGAAUAGAACAUCAAGGAAUUAUUAUUGGAAGCUAAUC